AUGGAUAAUUCUACAACAGAUAGUAGUAGUAGUAGUAGUAGUAGUGCAACUACAACGACUACUACUAAUACCACCACUACAACUACUAGUACUAUUAAUACUUUAUCAAAUUUAUUAAUAUUAAAUAUAAUAGAAAAGAUUGAUAAUAAUGUAGAUUUGAUAUGUUUAUUAUUAACUUGUAAAAAGUUAUUCUAUCAUAUUAGACAACAGUAUAGUAGUAGAUUGGCAUUUAAACAUACAAAAUAUAUAUGUGAUUAUUCAGGUUCAUUUAGACGUUUAAAUGUAAAGAUAGUCAAUAGUUUACUACAAUUCAAUCUACGAUCAUUUAAACAAUUAUUUGACAAUGCAUUAUCAAAUCAACAAUACAUCUCUGAUGACGUUGAUGAUGAUAGUACUAGUAGUAUACCAUUACUCAAUCAACAUGUGACAGAUGGUAUUACAACGGUUCAGAUAUCGAUUGAAGAUGUAAAAGUAGUAGCCAACACAAUCAAGAUACCACCAUCAACUAGAACCAUCUUCUUUACACAAAGUUUCGACUAUGAUGCUUUUCCAGCAUCAUUUUAUCCACCCAAUCUUCAACACUUAAUACUACCCUAUUCACACGACCAUGGAAAUGCUUGGCACAAAGGUAUUGGGUUUGCAGAGGGUGUACUACCGGAAAGUCUCCGUUUGUUGGUAACCAUCUAUGCCAAUGGUAAAACGCUUCCAUCUCGUCUUGAAACGCUAAUCUUUCACGACAUUGUCCCACAACCAUGCAAUUUGAUCGGUCUCGAAACGCUACAGCAUCUCACCACCCUAUACUUGGAGCGGGCUUAUAAUCUGGGUAGAUGUGUGCUCCCCAAAACACUAACCGACUUGCGUCUUGGUGUCGAUACGUUGCAAGGUGAUUUUUUCGAAUCGCUACCCAAUCUCGUCCGCCUCUGUCUCGACAUUGAGUGGCUAUUGGAAGAUUCGACCGUAUUCAAUAUGCAAAACCUUGUUGCACUAGAAUCAUUCAAGCUAGGUGUGGGAAACUUUACAAGUACAAUGUUUAGUCUGCCACAAUCAUCACAAUCGUCAUCUCUCCGCUCGAUCCAUCUCGACAAACGAAAUUGCUUUGGAAGUAUUCUACCAGGGUUUCUACCAGAUAAUCUUUGCGAGCUAUCCAUACUAGGAUUUAUUGACUUUGAACAAGGUGUCACCUUGCCCAAAUCACUAUAUUCCUUGGAACUUGCCAAUACACGAACGAUCAAACCAGGGUUCCUUCCCAAAGAGGGUCUUGGAAAACUUAGCCUCACAUUCAAAGGUGAUGCAAUAUUGGAAAAAGGUGCCAUACCAUCGACUGUGACCGAAUUAUCUCUAAGUGGAUAUGAGGGACCUACUACACCAGACUAUCUCCCCAACAUGAUUAAAAGACUCAAAAUGGAAAUACCAAAUACAGAAUACCUUGACACUAUCACCCUACCACAACAAUUGGAACAUCUAACUAUAACUAGUUAUUCUCAUAGGAAUGGACGAGUUGGAUCGAAUCUAUCGAUAGAUUAUCCACCAACACUUAGAUAUAUCGAUUAUAUAGGUUUACAAGGAACUGGGCAUUCAAAUAUAAUCCCAUCUUCACUUGAACGAUUUGAUUAUCUAAUGCCAUCAUCUUAUCAAAUUAAUAAUGUGCCAAUAUUUUCAAUUUCAACUAUUCAAAUAUUUAAUAAUGAUACUACAUAUCCAUGGUUUAAAGCUACCAUUAAAAGAUUGGAUGUCGAUAAUUCAUCAGUGCUAUUAGUUGGCAAAACAUCAUUAUUUGGUGGUAUCAUUCAACAAAGAAAAUUAAAUGAAAAUGAUAGUCAAUAUCCUCCCAUUUAUUUACAUUAUAAAAAGGAUCAAAUACCAUUUUGGAGUUAUCAACCAUUAGAUGAACAACCAACUAUAGAUGAUGAUGAUGUUCAAUAA